AUGACAGCAAAGUGUGGUGCGUCGUGCUCGGCACUUGGUGGACCUAGCCUCCCCCGAUUCCCAUGUGUCGCCGCGUCUCGGGCCGCUGGUUGUUCCCGCCGUCGCCACUGUUUCGGGACAAGUUCAUCCCGGCGGUCGCCAUAUCAAUUCAUCACAUCUGGAUAUCGCCAGAAGGAUCUCCAGCAGGGCGCUUAA